AUGGCUGGCCCUGGCGGUGGUCCUCCUCGUCGCAGUCACACCAAGUCUCGCAAAGGCUGUGAUACGUGCAAGCGUCGUCACAUCCGCUGCGAUGAGAGCUUCCCUCAAUGCCGCAACUGCACCAAGCACAAGAUCCGUUGCCCGUACAACGAUGUGCAGGUUCCUGAUGCUGGUCGCUCAACCACGCCGGACAAGCCCGAUCUCAUGUGGACACCCCAGAUCGAGGCUGCUAUUGGCGAAUGGCAGAGGACUGGCAUGUUCCCCUUCCCAACGCUCCGCAUCUUCCCAGCUCCCAUGCCGCACAUGUUCUCCCUUGAGGACCUUCGGUUGAUCUACCACGUUGCCUCUCUGUACUAUCAGCUGGCGGCGUAUGAAGCCAACAACUUCACCUUGUGGACCCGUCAUAUCCCGACUCUGCUCAAGAUCGGCGCGACUACUCCCUAUGUGAUGCAUGCGCUGCUGGCAUUCUCCGCCAUGCACAUCGCCUUUUUGACCGACUGCCCUCUGGUCGGUAGCAUGGCGUUUGAGCAUAGGGGCAAGGCCUUGAGCGGUUUGCAUACUGCCAUUGGCUCCUUCUCUCGCGCUACGUCCGACGCCAUCCUGGCGGCAUCCCUGGUGCUAUCGUGGCAGGCCACCGAUUGGCGCAGCUGGACCCAGCUCAUGCAGGGUACUUCGACGGUGAUUGAUGCAAUGGACGCAUGGAAGCACGAGUCUGAGUUCACAGACUUUAUCGCUGAGAGCAGCACGUUCCCAACGGCUCCGGCUUCUCCGGACCCUGAACGCCGGGUUCAUCAGCCCCAGAAGGAUGACAUCGAGGCCUAUCAGCGAACGCUGGAGCAGGUCAUCAAGGUUGAGGCUCAUCUGAAGCACUUCAAGGAAGACACAACUCAGAUGCAGCACUUGAUCGGCUUCCUCAAGGGGUCUCGCAAGAUCAGCUCCACUCUUCCCAUCGCCCAACAGUUUGAGCGCCUCCAGCCCCUGCGGACUUGGCUUUUCUGGGUACCUGUUGGCUACAUUCAGACCUACCAGUGCUCCCCCAACUCCCUGGUUGCCAUUGCCCACUUGUACACGGCGGCCCUGCUGAUGGAGCGGCUCUUCCCCGAGAUUGGCGCGGCCUAUUUUGGUAGCCUGUCCAUGACCCCCAUUGAGGAGAUAGCCCGGCGGCUAAUGUCCAUCAAUGUCGCGAGCACUGGCGUCAAGAACUCGUACCAGACGCCGCUCACGCUCAUGGAGUUUCCCAUUGACACUGUCAGUGAGUUCCGGUCCCGCAUGGGCUGGAUGAGCCCGCAGAGGACCCCUUCGUUCCCUACGUUCCAUCCGCCCAAUUUCCAUCUGCGCGAGGAGGUGCCAAUGGUCCCUGCAACGGAGUCCUACAUGCCAUAUGGGAACCCUGCCUUUAGCUAUAGCGCUGAGAGCAUGCCAAUGCUCAACAGCCCUACCGCGCCCGGCCCCCAUGAGUCUCUCAGCCCGCUGGUCAUCUCGUCUCCGUAUCUGAGCCACCAGUACCUGAACGUGCCGUCUCCGUCCUUUGGAGUUGCCUACAGCCCGGCAUCGUCAACCUUUGAGGCGUCCCUUGCAUACAGCGAUUCGGAAGAGUACGGUGGGUAUGAAAUGCGAGGCUUCCAUCCCGGCCAAUCGCCCACAUUCGAGGAUGCGCAAUGCGCCGGCAGCAGCAGCUACCCCGUCGGGUUCGUUACUCCCCAGCAGUCCGUGUGGAUCUAGUGUCCUCUAGAUAGGCUCCCACACACUCGACUCUCCAACCCCGGCUCGAGGAAGCACAAUCGGAUUGACCGUUGCCACUCAGGAAUUCCAGAACUCAAUCAGCGUACCCGCCUCCGGAUGGUUCGUCUAUUGCGCCGCCUCUUCCGCCAGCUCCGUCUCCCUCUCCGUACCAGUACCAGGACACGCUCGGCAUGCUUCCUCUUCCUGAGUCUCCGGUUCCGCUGUCCAGCACGCCGCAUCACCGACACCGUCAAACCGUUUCGGUCUCUUCCGCGCCGCACCCUCCGUCUCCGCUGUCGCGCGUGCCUUUGACUCCCGGCUCUUCGGGAUUUGAUGGCAAGGGCAAACAGCGGGCGAUGUGAUGAUGGGCAUCCUCCUCAUCCUCCUCCUCUCUCCUCCUCCUCUCCGUGAUCGACCUUUUUGCAGCUGGGAUCUGCUUCCUCCUCUUCCUCUUCUCUUGAUUUCGACGCAGACGCAAAUGUACAACAUUCCUUAACACGCUCGCUACUACCAUGAAACAACAACGACUGAAUGGGCCUUGUUUUUGCACCUUCUUUUUCGCUCUCGCCAGCACACAGUCUGCCUGAGCCCAACGCCCGAACGACACUCCUUUAGAAUUCUCGAGUUGAUCUCGACUGAAACAAUCCUUUUACGACACGAAUAAUUACCAACUAACUAUUAAUGUAUUAUCUAAUACGCGACGCUCCUUUCGAAAUGAUACCCUCCAGCUUAAUCGACAAUCCUUUAGACGAAGAUACCCACAAACUACACACACUCCUUUUAUGAAAUUACGUUAUGACGAACAUCUGAUCGACAUAGAGUCACUCCUUUUAUGGGAUAUACAAAAAAUGGUAUAUGGGCGAAUUGAAUAUCACACUGCAUAGCGACUGUUUAUUUCUGUGCUGCAUUAUGCACAUUGUUGUGGAUAGAAACAUGGCGUUUUCCCGGCGUUCAAACGAACAAAUAGUGGGGAAGUUUUGGAUCUUGGUUAUGUUUGAAACUUGGCCUUUGAUUUAUGUUUUUUGAUUUAUUUUUUAGGAAAAGGGCCGCUCAGUGUGGGUAUGAUGGGCAUAAAGUGCCGAUGAAGAAAAUGGAAGGGGAGCGUGCCAGGGCUUUUGUGUGUUAAUAGCUGUUGUAAAGCUGCAUUGACAAUGCUUCAGCGACGAUGCUUGUGGAUGAUUCAAGCUCUGCCUUUAGCAGGCAUCUUGGAUUGGGAUUAAUACUAUUAUGUUCGGUGUG